UGUCGAUUGUUACUGGGGAAGAGGAAGAAGGGAGAAUGAAAAUAUGACUGGACGUGUUCACCGUCUAUGAUAUCGCUACACCCUUACUUCAGCAUAACGUAGAUGUACGAAGUUGUAAACGCUCGUGCUGAGCUAUUGUUCUGCUCGCCAGAUCUUGUGUUUCGUAACCUCCUCGUCACCGUCGUCCUCGCGUGGUUUGCUUAAGGUCCCUUUUAAUACUGUGGUUUGUGUUCUCGAUAAUAUCUCGUUAUCAGGCAUCGGUGAACUCCUGGACUUGUAUCAGUUGAUGUGAAAGUAUAAAGACCCUUUUGCUGUAUGAAGACCAUCAAACGGUUUGUUCGUUAUACGGCCCUAUGUCCAGUUUUAAUCCUUUUAUGGCGAUUGUAUAGCCUCAUCGUGGAUGGAGUAAACAUUCACCUUAGCGCCACUGUAAUCAUAAUAUUGGUUGUGACUACUUUAAUUGGUAUGGUAUUUCUGCGUAUUGCUAGGUACCUGGUGGCACGGUGUUUGAGACUUUGCUUCCCUGUCACUUGUGGUCACAGAAAGUUAGUUUUCACCGGCAGAAGUUCGGAGACUCUUAAAAACAUCCUAAUGUCAGUGGACAGUGAUGUACCCUCCAGUAGUAAAGUUGAAGAGUUCCAAAAAAGAAACGCUCUACCCUAUCUGGAAGAUUUCAAAAGUUCUCUAGAGAAGUAUGUGGCAACAACAACACCAUUCCAGUAUAUUUUCACAGGGAGCGUAGAAGAGAGAUUCAGCUUCCCGCUAAUGAUGGUAAAGGAUGCUCGCUGUGUAUGUGGAUUGUGUCCAUCCUAUGACAUUGGCCCUUUAACAUCAGAUCUAGACGUCAUGUUUUUCUGCGGAGAACAUAAAGCUUCAUUUGCAGGUCAAGAAGAUAUCUUCGUCGAGUAUCUUAUUCCCGAGAAUAACGGUUUCACUGGCUAUGCUAAACUCACUCAGCUCACUCCUGGCUUCCAAGAGCGUGUUCUAAGUUCUGAAUUUGUCAUGCACAGAGCAAGAAAGGCCAUUCUUUGUACGCGUGCUCUCAAUCUACCCAGUAUUAGAGAGUGUUGUGGAUUGAACAUGUGCACUCAAGUAACACUUCAUUCGAAAGGCCCAGCGAUGAAAUUUCGCAUGCUACCUGUUUUCGAAGCUGACAUUACAGUUUCUGUCCAGUGCCCAGAGUGGCCAGCUUUGAGUGACUGGGGCAACCGAGCGAGAUUUUGGCCCAGCAUAGCUGACGUACACAGAAUAAUGUCACUUGGCUGUCAUCUGGUGGCCAAACCAGCACCAAGUGAUAAGAAUAAAACAAGUUGGCGAUUCUCAUUCUCUUUAGCAGAAGUUGAACUCUCAAAACUUGUCCCAGACACAGCAAGGAAAUGCUUCAUGGCUAUGAAAAUAAUCUUGAAAGAUCAUCUUCAACCAGUUUGGCCAGCAAUCACAUCUUACCACUUGAAAACCGUAUUCCUAAAUACUCUGGAAAAGGUUCCAGUGGGUUUCUGGAUUGAGGAUAACAUAGAAGAAUGUUUUAUGACGUUGCUAGCUGAGCUUCGUGAUGCUUUUCAUUCCAGGAAUUGUCGCCAUCAUUGGUUCAGUUCCGUUAAUUUGUUCGGUGGAGGAGGGUCUUCCUUUUGCUUUUUUUCCAACGCCAAACAAUUCCAAAUCUUGGGUAACAAGGUAGAAAGAAUCAUGUGCAACCCUGCGCCAUUCCUUUUUGACAGUGGUUGUUGUUGUCUCUCGCCAUGUUGUCUCCGAGUGCCACAAAACAACUUCAGCCGAAGAAGCACCGAGCAGCUGCUUGCUGAGUAUGAAGAAGUUGCCUUUCCUAGAAAUGUCCAAUGUUCCGCUCAAACUCACGAUCCCGUCAGCUAUUCAUUACUUGGUUCCUCGUCUCCCAGGUCUGAAGCUGAGCCUCAUCUCAGCCGUCAGUGCACUGAUGAUCAACAACAGUUGAACACAACUGGGCCAGAUCAUGUUGUCAUCUCUCUUCCUCAAAAACACCUUCAUGAGGAGGACCACACUUCCCACACUGGUUGUGAUGAAGACCGAGAGUAUUUGGUUCCCGUUUUAGACGUUUGACAUCAUUUGAACAUACUUACAAAAUACUAACGACAAUUUUUUUAAAUCAAGGAACACAUAGGCUUGUUAAGAAGUUUAUUUCAAACAAGUAAGAUAAAUCGGCAAGUUCAGACGAUGUAUAGACCUAUUAUUCGACAAAGCAAGCAACUAGCAAACAACAUUUACUUUUACAUUGACAUUAAUCUGCAACUUACAUGGUUUUAACAUUGAUUUUUUAUUUUAAUUUUGUAUUCAUUUUUGUCGAGCAUGGAACAAAGAAAAUCAAAAUGACAUUAUGGUGAACUCGUGGAUAUGCUGCAGAAUUAAAUCAGAAUAUACUGUCAUGUUACUAAAAGCUAAGGAGAGUUUGCUUAGUCAAUCCAAAAACGUCGACACCUCUCUUGCUGUAAAUUUAUUCAUUUUAAUAUUUUUGUGAUUAAUUAUAAUAGUAGUAAUGAUGAUGAUGAUGAUGAUGAUGAUAAAGAUUUUGUUUCAGGAGGGUAGUACUUAAUAGCCAAAGACCAAUAAACUUGUGGCCUUACAAGUAUUACCAAACUUUUACAAAGGGCCAAUGACAAAUAAAAACUAACUGAAACAAUCGAUCUAUCUACAAUUAUAUCA